AUGGCGCGCUGCCUGAAGCUCAUCUCCGCGACGACGCUCGCGGCGAGGGCCAGGCUCUUCCUGACCUCCGUCGCCGCCAUCGUGAAGUCCAAGGCCUCACCCGCCUGCUGGUGGUACUCUUUCGAGACCACUCCGCCACCGUCCUUGACCCCCUCCAAGUACGAGACCAUGGACCUCGAGAACGUACUCAUGUGGGAUAUGUCCUGCUCCGCCUCCUCGAGCGCCUCGUCGCGGACCUCCUUGGCCAGCUCGGGCAGCCGCUUCUGGCGCCACUCGCGCAAGGCUGCCGCAGGCGCCGCGGCCUGCUUCGGGCGCGCGCCGAGCCCCCGCGCCCACGCCGCCUGGGGCGCGGCCGAUGGACCUCUCGCCCCCGAACCAGGUGGCCCCGCUGAAGAGGCGCAUCGCCGCCUGCGCCUGCUGGAGCGCCCCGAACACGAAGACCAUGCUCGAGAACGGCUCCCGCGCCCAGCCCCACCAGUCGACGACUCCUUCGAGCCUGGGCGACGGCCCUCCCGUCCUGCGACGACCCCGCCAGUGGGGAGGAGGAGAGACUCCCCGCCAUGCUCGACACGCCGCCCCCCUGCGCCGACGACCAGGCCGCGGGCGAGGAGGGAGGUCGUCCGCGGCGGGGAGG